GACGAUCGGGACGAUUCGCGCCGCUCUCUCACUCAUGUACUUUUAUUCUGUCUCUCUUUCCCCGCUGUGUUUUCAUACAAUAUUACGUACAUUGUUUCAUUGGUGCAUUUGUUACUUUGAUACAAAGUAUACUUAUGUAGACUUGUAAUUAAAGUUGAAUCGAGUGUGGUUUUGUCGCAAGUGCAUAGGCAGCUUUUUUCGUCGAGGCAAAGCGACCGGUUUUUGUUUUUUCUUUUCUUUCCCCCGAUCGCACGUAAAACAACGAGUAUACUCAGUUUGCCGAGUUUUGUUGAGUGCCAAGAGAGAGAGAGAGAGAGAGAGAAAGAAUACGAAUUUGUGUGCUGCUGCGGUGGUGGUUUUUUUUUUUUUAUCUUCAAGAGCGAAAGCGGUGACGGCCGCGACCUUAAACUUGGCGCGCGCCGGCUUACUUGUCUACUGCUGCUACUACUACACAUGUUUCACACUCUUGUUUGGGAUUCGUCGUUUAUUUCGAGGAUCAACAAAUUGUGAAGACAAAUGUACAUAAAGUGUCUUGUAAUCGUCGAUUUUACAAAAAAAAAAGAAAAAAGAAGUUUAAUCAUGCCUGCGUGUAUUUUUACGUGAAUGCCUAUACACAGGAGGAUUUACAGAUGUUCUUGUACGCGACGUGCGGAAAAGUACAAAAUAAUUCAUACCUGCUUGUAUCGUCGCCUACACAAAUGUGCACGUAUAUUUUAAAGAAGCAUAUUAAAUUUAUUGCAGUGUAAGGAAGCAACGAAAGAAAAAAAAACAGCACCUUCAACGCAUCCGUAUAAUCAUAGUACACACCCACGCCUAAUUACAUAUAUAUAUAUAUAUUUAUGUAUCAAUAUACACAAUAAGCUUAAAAAUCGAGAUAUAUUUGUCUACUCUUGUAUACACCCAAGAAAGUGAAAUAUAUAUAUGAUUGAGUGAUCGCCUGCACACCUGCCUGUACAAGAAGAACACGGUCCAAACGUAUUUGAUGAGUGACGGUUCGAAAAGUGCUAUUAACUCCAACGAUCCUUCGCGGUAAUAUUUCUUGUUUGUGUUGUGUGAAAAAAAAAAAAAGGAAAAAAGUCACAUAGCGAUACCAACACGUCGUACCCGCACGUCCGGCAACCACGUGCUCACAGCGAAUAGCGCUUGGACAGGGGGGAAUCUGUGCAGUAUAUGUACGUCAUCGUGCAACAACGGUGCGUCGACAUAUACAAGUGCUUAGGAGCGAGUGCGGUUUUUUACAUUCUUCAAACACAACACAUGACUCUCGACGUGUAGCGCAUAGCCCAACGAAGUUGCAGGGCAAAUGACAGUUUCGGCGCCAUGGAGAUCGGCAAUGUUUGCGAAAAAAAUCGGCUGAUCGGUGAUUGCCUCUUCGACAAUACAGUGCUAAAGUGACAAUAAGGGAUACCAGUGAGGUGAUAAGUACGUGGUACAGCAACAACAAAGAGCCAAAGUGUGCAGUUUUUCUCGGCGAUAGUGCGGUGCGUUUGCAAGAGUGUGAAAAAAAAAAAAAAAAAAGAGUCCAGAGAUAACCGUGAAACCGAUCGCGCUAUCGGCAACUUGAAACAGCUCUCUCUGUGUGCAGUGGUGUGCCGAGUAUAUCGAUUUUUUGUCAGUGAAGGGUUUUUUUAGGUACCUUAUAAACUAGGAGCGCCGUCGCACCACCCUCGCCCCCCUUAUCGGCCGUGACAAGCCCCAAUUUUGGAGAACGAGCGCAGUGCCCGCUUGGAAGAGCGGGCGCGUCCCCCCAAGUCGUCCAAGGUGGCUCACACGGUUCGCGACAGGGCAGCCGAGCUGCAGGCGGAGGUGCGCAGCGCGGCCAUCCGCGUCCUGCAGAACUGGUGUCCUCGGCCACCCCCACCACCCCCGCCCCCGCCCUCUGGGACAACGGCGACGUCACCACCGUCCCCGCAAGGACAGGCCUCGCCCCCCUCGGUGGUAGCCGCACCGGCCCGGGGUGAGACGGUGCUGAUCUCGCCUUCUCAGAUGCGCGCCGGGGGUAGGGCGCCGACAGGUGGGCCCGCUGGUGGUACCAACGGCACUGGGCCGCCCUCGGUCGUCGUGAGCUCGACCUCGUCGAGUAGCAUGAGACCGCCUCCGCCCCCGCCCCCGCCAAGGGCCAGGAACUCGGGUGAGGGCAAAGGACACCACGAGGAGCCGACCAGCUCUAUUCCCGAUUUAGAAUUCGACGGGACCACGGUACUGUGCCGCGUCUGCGGCGACAAAGCCUCGGGUUUUCACUACGGAGUCCACUCCUGCGAAGGAUGCAAGGGUUUCUUCCGUCGCAGCAUCCAGCAGAAAAUACAGUACCGGCCUUGCACCAAGAACCAACAGUGCAGUAUACUCAGAAUCAACAGGAAUCGCUGCCAGUACUGCCGGCUCAAGAAGUGCAUCGCCGUAGGCAUGAGUCGGGAUGCCGUGCGAUUCGGGCGCGUGCCCAAGCGCGAGAAGGCCAGGAUUCUGGCGGCCAUGCAGCAGAGUUCCUACAGUCGCUCGCAAGAGAAGGCAGUGGCCGCGGAGCUCGAGGACGAGCAACGGCUCCUAAGCACAGUCGUGCACGCCCACUUGGACACGUGCGACUUUACCAUUGACAAAUUCGCCCCGGUUCUCGCCAGGGCCCGCGAACAACCCAACUACACGGCCUGUCCCCCGACACUGACGUGUCCGCUAAACCCAAACCCCGAGCCCCUGACCGGACAGCAGGAGCUCCUCCAAGACUUCUCCAAGAGGUUUUCACCGGCGAUACGCGGCGUGGUCGAGUUCGCCAAGCGAAUCCCGGGCUUCGGGCUUCUGGCCCAGGACGACCAGGUGACGCUGUUGAAGGCCGGCGUGUUCGAGGUCCUGCUCGUGCGGCUGGCGUGCAUGUUCGACGCCCAGACAAACAGCAUAGUGUGCCUGAACAACCAGGUGCUGAAGCGCGAGUCCAUAAACAACACGAGCAACGCUCGCUUCCUCAUGGACUCGAUGUUUGAUUUCGCCGAGCGCGUCAAUUCGCUUCAAUUGACGGACGCCGAGCUCGGGGUCUUUUGCUCGGUGGUGGUCAUUGCCCCCGACCGGCCCGGCCUCAGGAACGUCGAGCUCGUCGAGCGCAUGCACAACAAGCUGCGCAGUGCCCUGCAGGCCGUCGUUGCCCAACACCACCCCCAACAGCCCGAGAUCGUGCGCGAACUCAUGAAGAAGAUCCCGGACCUCAAGACCCUCAACACCCUUCACUCGGAGAAACUCAUAGCGUUCAAGAUGACCGAGCAACAGCAGCAGCUUCAAGCCCAACAGGCCCAGCAACAGCAGCAACAGCAUUGGCCCAUGGAAGAGGAGCCCGUAGCGUCGUGGGGCUCCUCGGACGCGUUGAUGGACGAGGCCGUCAAGAGCCCGCUCGGCAGUGUCUCGAGCACCGAGAGCACCUGCAGCGGUGAGGUCGCCUCUCUCAUGCACGACUACCAGCAGCACCACAUCCAUCACCACCACAUGCUCCAUCAGCAGCAACAACAGCAACAGCAACAGCAGCAGCAGCAGCAGCAGCAGCAGCAUCAUCAUCAUCUGGCGUCGAGUGUGUCCGGACACCACGCGUCGAGCGCGCCCCUGUUGGCGGCUACACUAGCCGGUGGUCUGUGUCCGCAUCGUAGGCGAGCCAAUUCUGGUAGUACGAGCUCCGGCGACGAUGAGCUCUUGCAUCGGGCCACGAGCAACAGUGGUAGCUUGAGUUUGUCGUCGAAGCCGACCCACCAGCAUCAGGCUCAGUGCCCGCGCUUCCGUAAGCUCGACUCGCCCAGCGACAGUGGCAUUGAGUCCGGCACGGAGAAGCCCGACAAGCCGGCGAGCAGCAGCAGCACGAGCAGCGCACCGACGAGCGUCUGCUCGAGCCCGAGUCCCAGAUCCGAGGACAAGGAGCUCGUCGAGGACAUGCCGGUUCUGAAACGCGUGCUCCAGGCGCCCCCGCUCUACGACACGAACUCCCUCAUGGACGAGGCGUACAAGCCGCACAAAAAGUUCCGCGCCCUUCGGCAAAAGGACAGCGCCGAGGCCGAGCCCGCCGUCAGUCCCCAGUUGCACACCAACCACCACAGUCACCAGCACACCCAGUCGCAGCUGCACAUGCACCUGACCUCACCGCCCGCGAGGUCGCCCACCUCCGUGACCCAGCAGUCCUCCACCUCGUCCUCGUCGUCAUCGUCAUCCUCGCCACCAUCACAGAUCCAAACGUCGACGACAACGACGGCGACGACGGCGGUGACGGCAGCAGCCAUAACGACGGCCGUGGCUGCCACGCUGACGACGCUACAGUCGGCCCUUCAGAGCCAGUGCCCGCAAACGGCUAGCCUGCUCAGUAGUACGCACUCGACCCUGGCCAAGAGUCUCAUGGAGAGCCCGAGGAUGACGGCCGAGCAGCUCAAGCGCACCGACAUCAUCCACAAUUACAUAAUGCGCGGCGAGGCGAGCCUCUCGUCCCCGAGGUCGUCGCCCGCCAAUACCUUGCACCCGAGCUCGCCCACCCCGGCCUCCUCCGAGCACCCCCACACGCAACAACAGCAGUGCCCCUCGACGACCUCGCGCUCCUCGCCCACGCAACACCACCUCCACCACCACCACCAGCAACAGCAGCAGCAGCAGCAUCAUCAUCAUCAUCAUCAGCAGCAGCAGGGACUGUUGCAGCAGUGCGCGGCGCAGUCGAGCUACGUGCAAAGGUGGCCCACGACGUCGGUUAUUACGACGACGACGGGGGCGAGGCAGUCGUCCGAGUACCACCUGAUGCAGGUGGGCUCGGGUCAGCAUCAGCCGUCGCCGGCUACCUCGCCAAAGUACAUGUCCGCUGUGGCGACGAGCAGCACGAGCACGAGCCCGAGGCCCGCGUCGAGCGGCAGCGCGCACACCCUACAGAUCCUACCCAACACGACGACAUCGUCUACGACGACGACGACGGCAAACAUGGUCGAGCUGCAGGUGGACAUAGCCGACAGCCAGCAGCCGCUCAACCUGUCGAAAAAGUCGCCAUCGCCGUCACCGCGGCCGAGCGGCCUCGUGCAACAGCACCAGGGCCCGGUGGCUUGCAAGGCUCUCUCCCUCGAGGCGUAGUCGCCGUCGUCGACCCCGCGGCUUUUUCCUUUACUUUAAAACAUUAUAGUCCUCGUUGUUGCCGUUGUUGUUUGUUGUUGUUGCUGUUGUUGUUGCCCUGCUAACGUGACGUGUGCCGUUGACGACGACGUGACAGUACGUACCGUCGUCGCGACCGAGGGGAAAGAUAGCCCACCUGUGUUAUAUUCUGUGGUGUCGCGUCGUCGCCGAGACCCUCGCAACCACAGCCACGCGAGCUCCUUCUUUGGAGGGUGUGGGACGAGGAUAUCGAGCAGAGGCCGAGGAAGCUACGACAAGUAAAGUUGACGAUGAAGUGCCAGGACGCUGCUUUGAGCGCUUACUACAAACCAAAUAAUUUAUUAUUAUUUAAAACGAAGAGUCGAAUUGCCGGUGGUGCACGAAGAGGAGUGUGAGUUCCGAGAUGACGUGGUCGAUGCGCGAAGGGGGGAUGGUGCAAGAGACGAACACAAUCGACGGCCUCCCGUGCUUUUUUUUUUUUUUUUUUUUUUUUUUUUU